AUGGAUCCUAUUCCGAGCAACAACGAUGUUGUGACAGAAAUCCUCUUGCAUCUACCCACAAAAUCCCUCUUGAGAUUCAGAGCCGUCUGCAAAUCAUGGCGUGACUCGAUCGAUUCUCGAGCUUUUAGAAAAUCGCACACUCAGCAACACGAAGAAGAAGAAGACGAUGAUGAUACGGCGCUUCUGCAAUUCAGUUUUCACCGAGAUAGGGUUUCACAACUGUCAAUGAUGUUCCCACCUAACGGCAGCUCGUACAACAACUUCCCGGCCUUGGCGGAGUUCUUCGACGACCACCUGAAGCCCGCCGUCACCUUGACGGAGACCGGCCGUGAAGUAACUGAGCGCGGCAGCUUCGUUAGGAUUGUGGGGCCCGUUAACGGUCUGAUCUGCAUCCACCAUAGGAACUCCAACGGUCCCAUUGCUGUAUGCAACCCUAGUUUAGGCAAAAUCAAUAUUCUGCCCGUAUCUCCGGCUUGCUCGUUCCACCAAAAUCAUCGUCGAACGAUAGAUCGCGACGUCGGGAUCGGGUUCGACGAGGCUGCGCAAGAUUACAAGGUGGUGCAGGUGCUGUCCUGCCGCGGACACCGUGGCUUUCACGCGUCGGUGUAUUCAAGAGCGACGGAUUCUUGGAGGGAGUUGGGCCGCGGCGGCGUUAUCGAUCACGAUCAAUUGUACAUCCGCUCGCCGAUAAAGUCGUCGCGCAAGAACGGCUCCUUCUCCCACUGGCUAGCGAUUCGGAAAGUGGGAGGUGAUGAGUAUGAGCACGAGAUGGUGUCGUUGGACGUGAAGAAUGAGGUGUUCAGGAUGUUGGAGAUGCCGGAUUAUGAGAGUUUGAACUGGUUUGUGCAUGGAGAUAUCAAGAUUUUUGCAAAGGGUGAUGACUCUUUUGUUUUGUUUAAUUACUGUGUGAUUGAUAUGAAUAAUUGGAAGGCGCCUAAGUGGUUGAAGAUAUUUGGGUCGAGAAUUGAGGAGGAUACGCUGCGUUGGGAUGUCAUGACGAGUAUUGGACCAUUUUGUAGUGGUGUUAUACCCAUGGCCUUGUGGAAGACGGAUUGUGUGGUUUUAAAGGAUUUUUCUAAGAGGAAGAAGGAAUUGAUUAUUUAUGAUUAUUGUGCGAAAGAAUUUGUUGGGCGUUUCGAGAUGAAGACGUGUGAUUCCGAGAUUUUUGAGUACAGAGGAAGCAUUGCUUUGCCUUAA